AUGUCUGAAGACGAGAGGCUCAAGCUGAAUACAUCGUCCCUGCUUCAUACCCUCUUCUCAUCUUGCAAAGUCACUGCACCCAUCUCCUCCUUCGACCUCCUUACGCACGUCAUUACUUCUCCCACCGGCCCCCUGCUGAGUCCUGAGUCCGCACCUCCAUUCCGUCUCACUGAUAUUUCCCGCUUCGAGGCCAUCCUCGAGAGCCUCUCAGAAGCUUGGGACUAUGGCCAGAUUUCUGUGAUGCGCGAGAAUCGCGACGGUGAGCUCAUGGUCAUUGACGUGCAACUUGGCGACUCGCAAUCUGGUGGCGCAGCACGGAUGCAGGGACGCAAGCGCAAGCGUGUGGUGGAUGAGGAUGCCGAUUCUGCUGCUGGAGAUGCGGAGGAGGAGGCCGAAGAGCGUAUUGAGCGGUUGCGUUCUGAGCUGAAGCCAGCUCCCACUACGCUCGCGAGUCUGAGCAAGGAUAUGAAGGAAGUAUAUAAUAUCCUCCAGCGCUGCACGGCCAAAGGAAGGUUACUGGCUGAGCAGUUCCGUACCGUGAAUGGGAGCUUUGAGCCAAUCUGCCCUAACAUCACCAAGGAUGACUGUGCCAAGGCGCGCCGCCUUGCGGACAUCACUAAUGAUGCCGUAAAUAGCAGAGGACCGGCGACAAUAUGCGACCGCAUACAUUUUCGUCCGCUCCUUCGCCCACAUACAGACCCCUCCCUAGGCCAUUGCUCCUACCUUAACACCUGCUACUCGGAGCCGACUUAUGCACAGUCGCCUUCUAUCCCGCCUCUGCCAUCGCAUCGUCAGAUGGGAUACGGGGCACAAGGUGCCGGCAGUGUGAGCCUUCCGAGUGGUCUGGGUGCUGGCGGCAGAGGCAAGGAGAAAGCUCCAUGUCGCUACCUGCACUUCGAAUUAGACUGGGAUAUAAAUGACGGCACUGGUCCAACCGAUCAAAGAUUGGAGCCAAAACGUAAGCCGUUCAAACUGGGAGUAGGCCUCGGACCGACUGGGAAGGACACGCCCAUACUCCCACCCCAAUGGCUUAAUUGUGACCUGCGAAGAUUUGACUACUCCGUUCUCGGCAAGUUUCAUGUCAUUAUGGCGGACCCACCAUGGGAUAUUCAUAUGAGCAGGGGCCUCGCUUCAGAAUUGCCGUACGGGACAAUGACAGACGACGAGAUGCGGGCAAUGCCUAUACCGACAUUACAAGAUGAGGGGCUUCUCUUUCUUUGGGUUACCGGUCGUGCUAUGGAAGUCGGCCGGGAAUGUUUACGCGUUUGGGGGUAUACUCGUGUGGAUGAAGUCGUCUGGGUCAAGACAAACCAGCUUCAACGCGUUAUUCGCACUGGCCGCACAGGACACUGGUUAAACCAUACUAAAGAACAUAUGCUUGUUGGUGUGAAAACCAUCACAGACGACGCAGGAAACCUCAAGUUCCCCUCAUGGGCUAACCGAGGGCUCGACACAGACGUGAUCGUCUCUGAAGUCCGCGAGACUAGCCGUAAGCCCGAUGAGGUAUAUGGUUUAAUCGAGCGAAUGUGCCCUGGUGGCCGCAAGAUCGAGAUCUUUGGGCGGAAACACAAUGCUAGACCGGGAUGGCUGACACUAGGCAAUCAGCUCGGACACGACCAAAUUUACGAGGAAGAUCUGGCGACGAGGAUUAAGGCUAGAUAUCCAGAGCGUAACAUAAACGUUCGUCAUGCAAGUGGACUGUAA